UAGUAUGAUAGAUAAAUUUACAUUUCCCCUUCUGAGUCAAAGGGGAACAAAUAAAGAAAAAAAUGUAUUGCUAGGCUUUAAGCUUGACAGUGCCACUGAUUAGUUCAUCUCAAUAUAUACACCUCGAUUAACCAAAAGAUUAUCCAUAUAUAUUGCUAAACAUUAAGGUAAACAGUGCUAAUGGGUCAUCUAUUAUAAAUUAUCUGUGUUUGUUACAUCUAUUAGCUAAUUGCAAAUUAGUUUAUUUUUCCUUUAGUCCUCUUCUAUGUUUCAUUCGCUGCUAUAUGAAAUGCAAAUCUAUGUUUGUUGCAUCCAUUAGUUAGUUACAAAUGUAUUUGCAUCUAUUAGUUACUUGGAAAUUAAUUUAUUUUUCCAUUUGUCAUUUUCCAUGUUUUAUUUGCUACUAUAUAAAAUGCAAAAUUGUCUUUCUUGCAUCAAUUACUUAGGUGCAAACAUACCAUAAGUAAAUACAUAUAUUUUAAGCAUUAUAUUACACUUUUUCUCCCUGUUUUCAUAUGUUUUCCUUGCUGUUAUAUAAAAUAGAAAUCUCUGUUUAUUACAUCUAUUAGUUGCAAAAAAAAAAAUGUCAUAUGUUGAUCGAACUCGAAGAGCACGACGUCGCCGGAAUCGUUCUUUGUCACCAAAUUCAGACAUACCAUUCAUUUAUCCUUUAGGGCCACCUAUACCAGGGCCACCUAUACCAGAACAAGGUUCAACCAGUAACCAAGGUAAUAUUGCUACAACAAAUACAACGACAUCUACACCAGAAGAAGAAAACACACCAUGGAUGUAUAUAGAACAUCAAAAAAGACAUCAGGAUGCAGGAAGAGAUCAUUUUUGUCCUAUAGUAUCUCCAUACGUUGCUACUGAAAAUCGUGCUAAAAGAAGACGUGUUAACCGAUACAAAGCUUUGUCGCAGCAAGGUCAUUCCUAUCCCGCUUACAUAAAAAAAUACCACCGUAGACUGCAUAUAUUGUAUAGAUCAAAAUACUAUACGUAUUUGCACCAGGAACAAUUUUCUCCAAAUAAGCAGAUCUUGCAUUUCUGUACAAAUCCUCAUUGUCCAGGAUCUUGCUCUGGUGUGAAACAGUAUAUCGAGAACAAAAACUUAAGCUUCAGAAUGUAUAUAUUAUAUUCUUCACAUAGAUCUCGAGCUGGCGCAGCGUAGCGCGCCGAUCCGCCUAGUUGUGCUAACAAGCUACAACCUCGAAAGAAAUCUGCUUUACUACAUUAGCCCGUCAAAAUAACUUGCCAAUAAGCAUAUCGCUAGUUCACCAAACUAAUCCAAAACUACACAACAAAUCCGAAGACAUACAACUCGAGAAAACAUGGACCCUUGGUGCUGCAGAAAAGUUCGGAUCUCACAAGCUACCCUAAAAAA